AUGUCAAGCUUGCUUCACGAAAUUGAAGAAAAAAGCACUGUUAUCACGAACCUGAAAGAGGAGAUAGCAAUGACCCAGUGGAGGAUAGGUCCUUUUGAAGUUGACCCGAUGGCCAGGAAAUACUACACGGGGCUUACAGAUACGAAGCAGUUUCGAGCAUUCUGCAACAUGGUUCUUGUGUCGCGCACACCAGUAUGCAGGAAGUUCAACCCCGAGGAUGAGAUCUUCAUUUUACUUUGCAAACUGAGAACUGGGUGCACACAUUACGACCUCGCACAACGUUUCGUGGUAGACAGGUCAACUAUAUCUAGGAUUCUUGCAUACUGGAUAACCCGAGUGUACAAGAGCUUAAAAAUAAUUAACUUAUGGCCUGAGCAAAGUGUGAUUGAUAAGACAAUGCCCAUUUCAUUUAUUCGAAGCUUCCCACAGUGUAGAGUGAUCAUAGACUGCACAGAAAUCGAGAUCCAGCAGCCAUCAAAUCCUACUGCACAACAGAUGUGGUCUCACUACAAGAACACUAAUACGUUGAAAGCUUUGGUUGGAAUAACACCAAAUGGAGCAAUCUCUUUUGUGUCAGACUUAUAUGGAGGCAGUACAUCUGACAAAUACCUCCUUCAGAAUUGUGGAGUGCUACAGCAGCUAGAAGAAAACGACCUUGUCCUUGCUGAUCGUGGGUUCUCGGGAUCCUUUACAGUUGAUGGAAAAACGAUAACUGUGGUGACCCCUCCAUUUAUGGACGGUCGUGCUCAGCUGACACAUAGGGAGGUGCUACAAACACGAAAUGUCGCACACAAUAGAAUCCAUGUCGAAAGGGCAAUAGGUCGCAUAAAGACAUUCAAGUACUUUGCAAAACCUAUUGACAUCAAGCUGCUAUACGAAGCGGAGGAAGUGUUCUACAUCUGUGCUUUCUUAUGUAAUGCUGGUGAACCCCUUAUGAGCUGA